GAGUUGUAAAACUUGCUGUUGUAUACAGCAUGAUUUUUGGAAAGCUAGGAUUCGCUUUCUGCUCAUAAAAGAAGUGAAAGUUCUUUUGAGGUUGAAAAGAACGCAGGUUAAGUGUAGUGCUGUGUAACGUGUUCUAUGGUUACUGUGUUUAACGUUAAAUACAGCAGAGCCGGAAGGAGUGAGUUGGAGGGUAAGAAUUGCCAGCCAGAAUUUUUCUGGUACUGAACCUUAGGUCGCUUUGUGGCUCUAAAGCUAAAUUGAUAUGCAGUGGGGUAGCUCGAGGAUUAGCAGAAGUACCUGUAAUUUAUUUUACUAAUUUGAAGCUCUGUUUAAAUGCUAAACACUGUGUUGUGUAUAGGUUUUCUUAGCCAAUGGAAGAAGGGUGAAUAUAUAGCUCAAUUAUUUCAGCUGAGUUCAGUUGCACCUGUUGUGUAUUUGCAGCUGAGCUAUCUUGCCUCCUGGAUUUGCUUUCUAGGAGAGUUGUGCUGAAAGUCCGAGGGCACUUUUUCAUGUUGGCAGCUGUGUGACUCCAGCUAAUGCCAUGGACUUCAGGGUGUUUCUCCUCAGACUGGUUCUUCUAUGCUGUGGGUCAUGAGGAGCAUUCCUGUAUUAGAAAGGGUAGUUAAGGCAUUGGCCAUAGGCAUGAUUAAAUUUAACAUAAUUAAUGCAGAUUUACUGACAGAGCAGUAGUGGAAUUCUUAAGACCACCCUGAUUUUUCUCUGUUUUGCUUUAAAAGUUAUUUAAAGUAUGCUUGUUGAUUUUUUUCCUCUUAGCAGGUGGGAAGAAUGAAAGGAAGGGGGGAUGAGAGAAUGUUGAACCUUUUUGUUUGGCUGUAUGAUGGAAGGAAACAGGACGGAGAACCUCUGCAAUAGAUCCUUGGGAUGGCUUCAGAGGCAAGAGAAUGAUGCUAAGCCAUGGCUCUGGAAACUUUCCAAUUGCUUUUCUGCUGCUGAGAAGGCUCUGCCUUGUGGUGCAAAAACGAAAGAUUACAUGGAGAACAAGAAAGCUGCUGUAGGAUUGAAGGAUGCUUCAUCUCCUCAUGCUGGCUCUAAAUUGUUUCCAGCAGUGCCACUUCCCGAUGUUCAUCCUCUUCAGCAACAGCAAUUACAGCUUUCCCCUGGCCCCAAAGUAAGCUGCUGUGCUCAUGGCUCUGACUCUUCUUGUACUCCACAAAUGCACUGUGGUGGUGGUGGAGGUGGCAGCCUGAUUCACCCUGGCACAGUAUUAGACUCAAAGAGCACUGGGACGAUAACUUGUCAAGUAGGGUCAGGAUUUGCUUAUCAGUCUGCGUCUUCACUGAAGAGCCCUCCUGGAAGCAACCUGGCAGGAAUUGCCAGUGAGUUCUCUGCUAUGUGCGUAGAAAGCAGUGUAUCUUCCUGCCAGCACCUGGCCUGUUGUGGAAAGCUCCACUUCCAGCCCUGCCACGGUAACAUGCACAAGCUGCACCAGUUCCCAGGCCUGAGCUGCCCCUCCUCUGGCUGCGUGGGCUGCCCCGAGCUGGCGGCGGGGCGCCUGCAGGAGCACGCUGCGCAGCCGGAGCUGCCGCGCCUGUGCGCCAACCCUCUGCACCUCAGCCUGGGGCCCGUCUGCCUCAAGGGCUCCCACUGCUGCACUGACUGCCUCAGCAAGCCAACCAGAAACAGCCUAGUUGAUGCUGCUAAAAUCUGGCCAAAUAUUCCUCCUCCAAGUGCACAGACUGCACCUGUUCCUAUCCCAAUCUGUAAUGGCUGUGGAACCAAAGGAACAGGAAAUGAGAAGAGUUUGAUGCUGGCAAGCAGCCUUGGCAAAUCACCACAGAAAUAUGGGUCCCCAGAAGUUGCAGUAGCAGGCCAGGUUCUGGAGAACUUGCCCCCCAUUGGGGUUUUCUGGGACAUUGAGAACUGCUCCGUUCCCUCCGGCCGUUCUGCUGUGGCCGUUGUGCAGAGGAUUCGGGAGAAGUUCUUUAAAGGCCACAGAGAGGCAGAAUUCAUCUGUGUGUGUGACAUCAGUAAGGAAAAUAAAGAAGUUAUUCAGGAGCUAAACAACUGCCAGGUGACUGUUGCACACAUCAAUGCUACAGCCAAGAAUGCUGCUGAUGACAAACUCAGACAGAGUCUGAGGAGAUUUGCUGAUACACAUACUGCACCUGCCACUGUGGUUCUUGUGUCAACGGAUGUGAACUUUGCUUUGGAGCUGAGUGACCUGAGGCAUCGCCACGGCUUCAGAAUCAUUUUAGUUCAUAAGAACCAAGCUUCAGAAGCACUCUUGCAUCAUGCCCAUGAACUUAUUUGUUUUGAAGAAUUUAUUUCAGACUUGCCACCAAGGUUACCACUGAAAAUGCCGGCCUGCCACACGCUGUUGUACGUGUACAAUCUGCCAGCGAACAGAGACAGCAGGAGCGUCAGCAACCGCCUGCGGCGGCUGUCGGACAACUGCGGGGGGAAGGUGCUGAGCGUGGCGGGCAGCGGCGCCGUGCUGCGCUUCCCCAGCCCCGAGAGCGCCGAGCGCGCGCGCAAGCGCAUGGAGAACGAGGACGUCUUCGGCAACAGGAUCCUGCUCUCCUUCACCCCCAGGAGCAGAGAGCUCGCUGAAGCCAAGAGCUCCAGCCUGCUGGCAGCUGACAAGGUCAAGUCUCCCAAAAAGGUUAGCAAGAGCACGAAGCUGUGCCUCCUCAGCAAAGAUUCAAGUGAUCAGUCUGCUGGUACCAAAGGCCCUGCUGGGAGAGGAUUCCAGAGUCAUGGAUCUGCCGUCAAAUCCACAAAUGUCAAAAGUUUACAGGAGCUGUGCCGCCUUGAAUCAAAGAACAUCAACAGAAAUACUGAAAACCAGCAAGAACGUUUAAGAGAACAAAUACCUUCUCCUCAGAGUAACUCUAAUGCAGCAAUUCCUGUGUCUCUGGCAACCAAAAAAAUGGGAGCAGGAGAAUCAUCCUCCAAAAAUAGUCAGAAGAAAGAGACCUCUGCUUCCAGGAGCAUUACCAAUUCCCCUGUAGAUAAAAAAGAUAAAGAUGAAGCUGUGUUUCAGGUCAGCUAUCCCUCUGCUUUCAGCAAGCUGACAGCCUCAAGACAGCUCAGUCCUUUGCUGGUGUCUCAGAGUUGCUGGUCAUCUCGGAGUAUGUCUCCCAACCUUUCAAAUAGAUCAUCUCCACUCACCUUCAAUGUAGUGAAUCAUGCCAGUGGUACAGACUGCCCUGAUCCCUUUGCAAAUGGUGCAGACAUUCAGAUCAGCAAUGUAGAUUACAGAUUAUCCAGAAAAGAGUUGCAGCAAAAUUUACAGGAAAUCUUCUCUAGACAUGGCAAGGUAAAAAGUGUGGAGCUCAGUCCCCAUACAGACUACCAGCUGAAGGCCAUGGUUCAGAUGGAAAAUCUGCAGGAAGCUAUCAAUGCUGUCAACAGUCUGCACAGAUACAAAAUUGGCAGUAAGAGGAUCCAGGUCUCACUAGCAACAGGAGCUGCUAGUAAAUCACUCUCUCUACUUAGCUCAGAAGCAAUGUCCAUUCUGCAGGAUGCACCUGCUUGUUGCUUGCCUGUGUUCAAAUUCACAGAAAUCUAUGAAAAAAAGUUUGGCAGGAAGCUGGCUGUGGCAGACCUGUACAAGCUCCCAGACACCCUGGCCAUCCGUGAGCAGGGCAGUGGCAGGCUGGUGUGCCUCCUGCCCAGCAGCCAGGCCAGGCAGAGCCCCCUGGGCUCCUCACAGUCCCACGAUGGCUCCUCAGCAAACUGCAGCCCGAUCAUAUUUGAAGAGCUGGAGUACCACGAGCCUGUUUGUAAGCAGCACUGCCUGAAUAAAGACUUGAUUGAACAUGAGUUUGAUCCAGAUUCUUAUCGAAUUCCUUUUGUGGUUUUGUCUCUGAAGACAUUUGCUCCCCAAGUUCACAGCCUGCUACAGACACAUGAGGGUACUGUGCCUUUACUAAGUUUUCCUGAUUGUUACAUGUCAGAGUUCAAUGACCUUGAAAUGGUGCCAGAAGGCCAAGGUGGUGUUCCCUUAGAACACCUGAUUACCUGUGUUCCUGGAGUUAACAUUGCCACUGCCCAGAAUGGCAUUAAAGUUAUCAAAUGGAUACACAACAAACCACCACCUCCUACUGCAGACCCUUGGCUUCUGCGCUCCAAGAGCCCUGUAGGCAAUCCCCAGCUCAUUCAGUUCAGCAGAGAAGUGAUAGAUCUGCUCAAGAGCCAGCCAUCCUGUGUCAUCCCUGUCAGCAAAUUCAUCCCAACCUACCACCACCACUUUGCAAAGCAGUGCAGAGUGUCUGACUAUGGCUAUUCCAAAUUAAUGGAGCUGCUGGAAGCAGUGCCUCAUGUACUACAGAUCCUUGGCAUGGGUUCCAAGCGCUUGUUAACGCUGACACACCGAGCUCAGGUGAAACGCUUCACUCAGGAUUUGCUGAAGCUGCUCAAAUCCCAGGCCAGCAAGCAAGUUAUUGUGAGGGAAUUCUUGCAGGCUUAUCACUGGUGUUUCUCUAAGGAUUGGGAUGUUACUGAGUAUGGAGUGUGUGAGCUGGCUGAUAUUAUAUCAGAAAUUCCAGAUACAACCAUCUGUUUGUCACAGCAGGACAAUGAAAUGGUGAUUUGUAUUCCUAAACGAGAACGCACCCAGGAGGAAAUUGAAAGAACGAAGCAGUUUUCCAAGGAGGUGGUGGAUCUGCUGCGGCACCAGCCCCAUUUCCGCAUGCCCUUCAACAAGUUCAUCCCCUGCUACCACCACCACUUCGGGCGCCAGUGCAAGCUCGCCUACUACGGCUUUACCAAGCUGCUGGAGCUCUUUGAAGCCAUACCAGAUGUCUUACUGGUGCUGGAGUGUGGGGAGGAGAAGGUGCUGGCUCUGACAGAGGUGGAGCAGGUGAAGGCAGUGGCUGCCCAGCUGGUGAAGCUGCUGAGGGCCCAGAAGGACAAUUGCCUGCUGCUGGCAGAGCUGCUGCCCGAGUACAGCAGGACCUUCGGCUACGCCCUGCGCCUGCACGACUUCGACGUCAGCUCCCUGCCUGCCCUCAUGCAGAAACUCUGCCACGUGGUCAAGGUGGUUGACACAGAAUCUGGCAAGCAGAUCCAGCUGAUAAAUAGAAAGUCUCUGAGGACUCUGACUGCCCAGCUGCUGGUCUUGCUGAUGUCCUGGGAUGGAACAUCCUUGCUCUCAGUUGAACAGCUUAAGCAACAUUAUGAAGCAGUCCACAAUACUUCCCUUAAUCCAUGUGAAUAUGGGUUUAUGACCUUAACUGAACUCCUGAAGAGUCUGCCUUACUUAGUUGAGGUUUUUACCAAUGGUGCAGCAGAAGAAUAUGUCAAGCUUACAAAUCUGUAUGUUUUUGCAAAGAAUGUGAGGUCCUUACUUCACACCUACCAUUAUCAGCAAAUUUUUCUUCAUGAGUUCCCAGUAGCAUACAGCAAAUACACAGGAGAAGUGCUGCAGCCUAAAGCAUAUGGAUGCAAUAACUUAGAGGAGCUCCUGGGAGCAAUUCCACAGGUGGUCUGGAUUAAAGGACAUGGCCAUAAGAGAAUUGUAGUCCUGAAGAAUGAUAUGAAAACUCGUUUUAGCUCACCUAGUUUUCCCCCUGCUGAUCACGUAGAUGAUCAUGGAAAUCAACUUACUGACAAUAAUGGACAUAUUGUGGAGACCCAAGGACCCAGUUCAUCAAUGGAGCUAAAUCUAGGAAAGCCUAGCAAUGUUCCUAAUCAAACAGAGCAAGAACUCCUGUGCCUCACAAACACAUCUCCUGUUGAUCUCCUGUGUGAGCCAGUCCCUUCCUGCCUGCCUUCCCCCCAGCUGAGACCUGAUCCCGUGGUUCUUGAGUCUGCAGACCUCAUUCAGUUUGAGGAACGUCCUGCACCCCUCCCAGAGAUAAUGAUUUUAACAGAAGAAGAAAAGCAGAGGAUUGUUACCACAGCCCAAGAAAAGCUGAUCUCUGGUUCUGUGGUGUCUGACACCACAGAGAAUGCUUCAGUGCCUCCCUGUCAGUCCUCUGAAACCCAAGUAAACAAAGAAGCAACAGACAGCCCAGCCAAAAAGCAACACAAAAACAAGGUCAAAUUGGCAGCCAACUUCUCACUUGCACCUGUAACCAAGCUUUAACUCUUCCUUUUUAGUGUGAAAGACAAAUACCUAUGGACUGUGCUCAGAGUAAAGCUGUUUGUUAACCCAUGUGUAUUUUAAUGGAGAACCUAGAGGAAUUAAUUUGUAUUUAAUGUAUUCUGUGAAGAUUUUGUUCCUUUUACACUGAACACAGCUGUUAGCAGAGUAGAUUUUUUUCUAUUAUUUUGAAAAAAAAAAUCUGGCAUUUGUUAAAUUAUUCUAAAUUUUACAGUUUUUCCUAAAUGUGUUCAGUAAAAGCAAAACAUUAAUUCAACAAACAUGGAACAGAUUUUAUUUUCCUGAAGCCUUGUUGGUGAUGUAAUCAUACAUGUAGCAUAUUGUAUUCUAUAGGCUGUUGCUUACUGGUAUUGUUUCAGACAGUAUUAAUGAAAUGCAUGAUUUGUCUUUCAAAAGCCUGUUGAGAAAUUUUAACUUGCUGACCUGGGGAUGACAGGAGUGAGGGGAGCUGAUUGUCCUCUGGAGAGGAAACUUGUUCUGACUUCCAGGUGACUUGUAACUGCCUUGGGAAUGCUUGUCUAAAGAUAUCUGUAGCAGAUUCUGUGGGUCUUGUGCAAGGCUUGUUUUAAAUGGUUUUUGCUGUAGCUUUCAGUUCCAUUUAGGAGCUUUCUAGGACACUGAUGCUUUGAGCUUCCCUCACCUUUACUUUGUCUGGCAUGGGUUUGGUUAAGGAAAUACUGUCUUGAUGUCAUAAGAUACAGACACACACAUUUUCAUUGUGUCUAGAAAUGAAGUUGGAAGAUUCUGAAAUAUGCAUCUAAUGCAUAAAUUACAGAUCAUGGAGCAGGUCUUACUGAAAUGUUGGUGAUGGAAGGUACUGAUGCUAUUUCCACCUGUAAGGAAAGUUCUAGCUACAAGUGGAAAUGCUAAGGUUGUUCUGCUUAACCUUGUUUUCUCUUUUUAAGCAUGUUCAGGAAAUGGGAAGCUUGUCCUUUGAUGUGCUCUCUUUUAGCUGUGUCUGUUUUUAUUCUAAGACUUACUCCUAGUGUGGGCAGCUUUUUGAAUUUGUGGCAUCUUGUGCUGGCUUCUGCAAGGGCCAGCUCUGGGGAGAGGCUGUCAGUGGAUGACCUGAACUCUAGUUAGCAGAACUGUCCAGUGUGUGAGACUUUCUACCCAUUCUGGGUAACCAUGGCAUUUACAAUGGCUUGUAUUUGCCAGGCAGCAAAUAAAUGCUUGUAGUAUUGAAAGAACCUAUACUAGAAGUUUUCCACUGGCUAACUGAGUAUUUUUUUAGAUGGAUUCUGUUGUAAUAUGCAAGGGAUGGAACACAGGCUCUAACUUUUCAGCCAGCAACAGGAAAUGCCACUGAAUGGCUAUGGACAGAAUUUUACUAGUCAGGUUUUGUUAUAAAAUCUUUUAUAUUUAGGCAGGUAUUACCAGUAGUGAGUUUAUAGCCAUUGUAAGUGCAAAGAAACACUGGGAGGUUUUUCUGAGCAUUAUGGCACAGUAUUUUCAGCCCACAGUGAACCUCUACAGACAUUCUGCUAUGGAAGAAGGAAUUCAGAAUUAAGUUUUCUUGGAAUGUUUUUAGUGAGUUACAUGCAAGAAAAUCUUUCACCUUAACUUUGCUAAGGUUGACAGUGAUCAGUCUGGAUCUUUGUUUCAGAAGAGCAUGCAUUGGAGAAGAGAUCAGCCUGAAAUAAUAUUUUCAUGAGAUGCAGCUACAAGUCAUUUGGAGUAUAAAGAAAACCAGGUUUUUGCUUCAGAGGAAAAUGUGGUGGUUAUACCACAUAUGGAGGUCAGCAUAUCUUACCUGGAUUCAUGUGUGAUUCUGCUGAAAUUGCUGUUUGAAAGUAAUAGAAUAAUACUUUUGAGAAGUUGUGUUCAUAGUGUAACAAAAUAGCUAAUUGAAUUGCAAUAUAUUUUUUUAUCCAAAGGGUUAAAUGAAUGAUGUGACUUACAGAUUUAAAAGCAUUGGAACCAUGAAAUUCUUUAAUUUAGCAAAUAAAUGUACUACUUCAGAUUCAUGUUGGUUUAAAAGAAAAAAUGUCACUGAAGCCCUCAACUUAUGCACUAUUUUUUUUCCUUGGAAUGGGAGAGAGAAGAAAGACUUCUUUUCUUAGCUGUCUACUUUGUUUGGACACUUUCUUUUGUGGCUCAAGUGCUGUUUUGUGUGUUGGGACCAAACAGUUGUCAAUAAAAUUUUCAAGCAAGCAUAA